AAUGUAGAUCCUCUCAUUUAUCAACAGACAUCAAAAUCUUUCAAAAUUAUAAUAAGAACAAAACGAUUUGAGAUAAUCAAGUAAAUAACGUGAAAGAACUAAAACCCCAUCAAAUUAUAGACCUUUCAGUAUCAAUUAAAAAGCACCUUCUAAUUCUAAAAGUCAACCUGAUUUGACUGAUGAUAAUGAAACCAUUUUCGUACCUUAUAGACAAAGAAACAUUUCAUAAAAUAGUAUAUCUAUUUCAUAUGACACUUCUAACAAAAAACAGAGCUUUUUACCAAAUAUGAAUCAAUAGGAUCCAAUGUUAUAAACCUUUGGGAAAGAAGUGUUUAUCUUCAAACCAAAGAGAUUUCCUACUGAAAUAUUUUAAGGAAAUGUGAGCAAGAUGAAGAAGCAAUUCUAAUAAAAUUAUUGA